GAACCGUUUCCUUCCCCCCUUGUCCGGCUUUGUCCUUUACUCUUUCUUUCCAUGACAACAACAGCAGCAGCAACUCUUUGUGUGUCAUUAACAGAUUCUUCUGGAGCACUCGUUCAACUACGUGUUGUGGACAACGCAUACCUCUACGUAGAGUCUCAAGACACUAAACAACAGUACGAGCUGAAAUAUAUCUAUGGCAUCGAUCGCAACAAGAAAACAACAAAAGGAGAACCCGAGGCAGCAACUAUUGUUAUCCACUACUGUCAUGUUACGGACCCGCAAGAGAAAGGAGAAGGUGGUGGCGAGCAGACAAUAACGAACUUUCGCAACGCCGGUAUUAGACUCUGGGAACGACGGACGCUCCACUUUCAAGCUACUACUACUGCCGACGACGACACAACCCCCUUUAUCAACGAAUUCCGCAAACUCAUUUACCCCACUACUACUACUACUACUACUACUACUACUACUCGUGGGGACGAGAAAUCGACGACGCGUGUUAUGGUGAUGCUCAAUCCAGCUGCAGGAACACGACAGGCCUUGAGGCAGUGGGAAACGAUUGUGAGGCCCAUGCUGUCGACGGCUGGAUUCACCGAUUUCCAAGUAACCCAUACCCAACCGAAUGGCAAGACGCGUGGCCUGGCAGAACAGCUCGGAGUACAAAUGCUAAAGGACAAGCAAAAGAGCACGAUUGUUCUUUGUAUGGGUGGCGAUGGCACGACGCAUGAAGUGGUGAAUGGGCUGUCGGAUGCCUUUGACAAACACGUGUGGAAAGAAGAAGAAGAAGAACAAGAAAUCCCCACGUUUCGGCUCGGUAUCAUACCGAGUGGAUCCGGCAACGCGUUUUCGCUCAGUUUGAAUCUGGAAUCGAUCGAAAACGGAGUGCUUCAAGUGAUCAAAGGACGCACGCAACCACUUCGAUUGAUUGAUGUGUCGUUGGACCCUGAACCAGCAACGGCGGCAAGCAGGAAACAGCGACGGAGGAUUCUGGUGGUGAUGAGCUGGGGAUUUCAUGCCCAACUCGUUUCCAAAUCCAGAUACCUGCAGCCAUUUAUGGGCAAUACGCGGUUCAGUUGGGUAGCCAUGUACCUGAUGACGUUCUUGCAACAACAUCAAGGGGAACUGACCAUGAAGGAUGCGCAGCGCUACGAUGCUACAAGAAAAGCAUUUGUCCACGAGGCAGCAGACGUUGUCUUGAAGGAUAAGCCGUUCACGUACUUUUUGGUAGGCAAGCAGCACUCGAUGGAACGUGGGUUCAAAAUCGCGCCAUUUGCAUCGCCAACGACGGGGGAGAUGGACGUGGUGAUGAUGCGUGGGGUGAGCCGGGAGGAGCUGAAAGCGGCAACGAUCAAGGUGCUGGACGGAGGACGACACGUGGAGGAGGAUGACGAUGAUGAUGAUGAUGGUUGCGGUGUGGUGGAGUAUUACAAGACGCCGGAGCUGCUGCUGCGGGUGAAGCAUGGGUCAGAGCUGUGCUUGGAUGGCGAAAUUGUGGAUUUGGCAGCAGGUGGGGUUGCACACCUCAAGAUGAUUGGUCCAUCCCAAGGGGAACCUGACUUCCAGAGCUUUGUAUAACCUUUGGCAAUAAUAAUAAUAGAUAAAAGACACCUGCCACGUUUUAUUCCCACUUUGAGCAAUAAUUAGCUCAGGCUGCUCUCUAUGGCUGGCGCCUGUCAUAAUAAUAAAAU